AUGUAUAUCGCCCUCCUCCUCGCGCUUCUUCUUCCCUUCACACUCGCUCAGUAUCCUCCUCCCGUCUCGAAUUUAACCACAAUCGUUUCCCCCGUUGACCCGAGCAUCACCAUCUCCUACAAAGUCCCGCCGCGAGGCACCUGCCAGACAGUUUUCGAUUCUCAGCAACAAUACACAGGAUGGGUCAACAUCCCGGGGACUUACGCGACAAACACCUUCUUUUGGUUCAUUGCAGCUCGAAACCCCUCCACGGAGCUCACCAUAUGGCUGAAUGGCGGGCCAGGCUCCAGCUCGAUGAUCGGUCUGUUCACGGAGAAUGGUCCUUGUGAGGCUAUCGAGAUUGCGCAGGGCGAAUUUGGAACGAUUGCGAGGGACUGGGGGUGGGACAGAGCAUCGAAUAUACUCUAUAUUGAUCAGCCAAAUCAAGUAGGCUUCUCAUACGACACCCCGACAAACUGUUCUCUCGAUCUCUUGACGUCUGAUCUAUAUACCCCAAGUCAAUCCCUCCCGAAUUCCCAGCCCGCAGAUACGUUCUUGAAUGGCACUUUCAGCUCACUUAACACUAAUCACACUGCCAAUACCACCGAAAUUUCCGCAAUGGCUAUUUGGCAUAUGCUUCAAGGCUUUCUCAGCGCUUUCCCGGAAUACACUUCUCCCAAUGGUACUUCAGUGGGCGUCCACUUGUUUGCGGAAAGCUAUGGGGGGAAAUACGGGCCAGCAUUCGCUACCCUUUGGGAAGAACAGAAUUUGCGCCGUUCAAAUGGAACGAUCUCCAAGAACAAUACUAUUCCGAUCAAUCUUGCCUCCCUUGGCAUUGUCAAUGGCUGUGUCGACGACCUUAUACAAGCUCCGUUCUAUCCAGUCAUGGCUGUCAACAAUACCUAUGGUCUGACAGCAAUCAAUCCAACGAGAGCGAAGUUGGCCAAUGCAAGUUUCUAUGCCUCUGGGGGAUGUCAAGAUCUCAUUAAUCAGUGUCGAGCUGCCGUUGCAGACCACGAUCCGAAAAACGAGGGGGACGUCUCAGUCGUCAAUAGCUUAUGCUCUUCCGCAUAUUCUACUUGUACUACCAACGUGAUGGAGCCGUAUUACGAUGCUGGGAGAAGUGUGUACGAUAUUGGUCACCUCUUACCUGAUCCAUUCCCACCAAGUACUUAUCUCGAGUAUCUGAACACACCUGGUUUCCAGACUGCUAUUGGCACACCAGUCAACUUUACUCAGACAAACUAUCAAGUCAUCGAUGCCUUCACAUCCACUGGAGAUUACGAACGUCAGGCCCUGGUUCCUGAUAUUGCUGCACUUCUGAACGCAGGAGUACGUGUGGGCUUCAUGUAUGGUGACCGCGACUAUAUCUGUAACUGGCUCGGCGGAGAAGCCAUAUCCUUGGCAGUUGCAGCCCAAACGAACACAUCAUAUGCCACGCUUUUCCCUGCUGCCGGCUACGCUCCAAUUAUUACGAACAAAACCUACAUCGGCGGGGUGGUCCGCCAGUACGGUAAUCUCUCUUUCAGCCGCAUAUAUGAUGCUGGACAUAGCGUUCCAGCUUAUCAACCCGAAACCGCGUUCGAGGUCUUUGCCCGGAUUAUAACAGGAACCUCUGUCUCGACGGGAGAGCCAGUUGAUCUCUCGGUAUAUAACACCACCGGCCCAAGUAAUGCAACGCACACCAACAAGUUACCAACCUCACCCUCCCCAACCUGCUGGCUCCGUAACAUCCCCGAGACCUGCACGGAUGACGAAAAGAACAAGAUCCUCAAUAAUCAAGGAGCUAUCAUCAACGGCGUGCUCUACGACGCCUCUUCCGACUGGAGUUCCCCUGGCACUACGGUAACGGCCGCGCCCGAUAGCAGCGCCUCUAGUUCAGGUACCGUCGUCUCGGUGACGACCACCACGGAAAUGCUCACGGGCCUAUACACCGCUACAUCUACGCCCAGUAGCAAAUCCCUCGGAGCCGCUUCUUUAGACCUGAACCUGGCGCUCAUGACUCUACCCCUUCUCAGCUUCUUAGCUAUUGUUACAUUUUCCUAA